UCAUUCUUACAGGCCAAGCUGAGGGCCACGGUUGCGGUGUAGGUGCGCUCCCCUCCGGGUUUCGCUUUAAUGCAAAUUAUGACGUCACUCUUUAUGAACAUAUAAAGAGUGACAUCAUAAUUUGUUCAUGUCUCAAAUAAAUCAUAUUUCUUUACAAUCGCAAUUAAUCACAACCUUUCAGAAUGUCUUUUUGAUGGCCGCCUGCCUGGGCAACCUUUGGAACGGAUGACAUCACGACCAACGGCAACGCAGAGCUCCUGAUGCCCUGGCGGGGAAAUCAACGAACGUUUCAUUGCUUCGGGUGCAGUCGUUGGUGACGGGCGUGGUACUGAUGCUCGGCUUGGACGGAUUUACAACGAGGAUCGAUUUCGACUGAGUAGAGUGUGUGUGUGCAGAAAUACUUUGAUGCCGGAUUGGCGCCUCGGUCAAGUGGAGUAAAUGUCAGCCAAAGUCGAAAUCCGCUGCCGCAAGUAGUGCCAAAGACCUGGAAUCUCAUUGGCCAGCCGCCAUGAUGACAACGGUGCUGCCAUCUGACGUGAUGCUUUGCAACCAACCUGCACUUAAACGAUCACCAUGCAUCACUUUCUGCUGCCAGCACCUCACGCGAAAUAAUCACGAAUCUCUCAUCGGGGAUCGGCGCCUCGGUCACGUGGAGUAAAUGUCAGCCAAAGUCGAAAUCCGCUACCGCAAGUAGUGCCCAAGACCUGGAAUCUCAUUGGUCAGUCAUAGGUCACGUUCCAUUAAAACGUCGGCACGGUGAACGAGAUGCAGCAGCCAGAGAUGAUACCCACAGCUUCUGGACUGCCAGUGGGAGAAUUGGUCACGCUUUUCAACAAAUUGCGUUCAUCGAAGUGUUGCAAAGGUCGCAGGACUAAAGAAUGCGUACUGCUCAACAGCCUCCUUACUUGGAACAAGGUGCUUUGGUGCAGCGGCUUUUCUCUCACAGAGACUGAUCCUGGUGUGCUCACUAUGUCGUCAAGCGAUAUCUGUCCUGUCACAAUGCGAGGGGCAGCAUUUCUGGAGAUGAGUACACACCUCAUAAGUGAACACAAGAGCAUCAAAUAUUUUUGCUUCCAUAGGAUAGAGGUCGACAUUCUGGAGCGCAUCUUAGCAUCAUUGGAAUCACGAUCAGAUGUGCGUGGGUUCAUCUUGGGAACCACAUAUGACGACCGAAGACCUUCCUCUUUCUUGGGCUCGUAUGAAUCUCCCAUUAACCCGCUUACGACCUUGUGGUUUAGGCAAAUCACGGAAGCUGUGACGUCAGCUACGAUGAUAUUAAGGAUGGUGCGUCAGGCAACGUCGCUCGAAGUGUUUCACAUCGAAGAAGGGUCCGUUAGGAAUGACGCUGCUGUUCAGCUGGGCUGCGAAUUGGCUAAGAAACCCUCACUUGAAACACUUCUUCUCACAGAAUUCUGUCGAGAAGUUUCGACAUCAUACAUUGCUACCCUUCGAGCUAUGGAGCCAGCCGAUAGAGUCAAAAUAUGGAACGUGAGCUCUCUCACACUUCGCGGAUGCACCGCUGAUCAGUGCAGACAACUUUGUGGUCUCUUGGUAUCGAACACGAUCAUAACCUACUUGAACCUCUCUGGAACCUAUAGCCGAACAUCCGCCUAUGAAGAUGAAUAUGACUUUGGAGUUGAAAGCGCUCUAGGAGACGAAGGAGUCGUAAUGCUUGCUGACGCGCUCUCUCGCAACAGCACAAUCUCUGUUCUCGUUUUACAAGACGUGGGAUUCCACCAGGAAGGGGCCGCUGCACUGGGCCGGCUGAUAGUUAUCAACACGGUGAUACACACGCUGGACAUAAGCCGGAACGAGCUAGGGACAGACGAGUGCAUAGCAUUGGCAAGUGGCCUACAAUUUGCAAGGUUUCUCAAGGAACUGAUCAUAGAGAAAUGUGACGUCACACGCUCCGGAGCAAUGCGUAUUUCCGAAGCCUUGCUAGCAAAUAAAUCGUGUAGAAGAGUGAGCUUCGGACAAGUUUCUCUUCUCAAGGACAACAUGUCGCAAUUGGAUUGCGUCCAACUUGCCCUUCGCAACACCCCCGGGAGAAUUCAAUUCAUGUGGGACACUGCUUCAGUGCUGUCUGGCCACAUCCUGCUCGGGCAUCCGCAGCACGUGAAGAAAAUAAUAGUGGAGUGUGGCGGCAGAGGCAUUGAUUUUCCACCAGACCGAUUGUGUGCUUUUCUUGAACAGGACGGGACAGUGGUCGAUAAAAUGCGCCUCAUUUUAAACAAUCCGUCUUACGCCUUGGGGCAACGGCUCGCCGGGUGCCUUCGACGCAAAAAUGGUCUUCGGUGCCUUAGCUUACGCAUUGGCGAAGGAACCAAUGAUGCAACAUCGGAAGCACUUGCCCGAGGUUUGCAAGCGAACACGACACUCUGUAGCCUAUGCCUCGAAGCAAACGCCGACGAAGUCGUUCGCACUUUUGCGCCAGUGAUCAGUAAAAACAAGGUUUUGAGCACUAUUUGGAUCGUUCACGUAAUAAGCGAGACUUUGACACAUGAGCUGGAGCAACACAUGAUGAGCAACUACGCCAUUACGGAGUUUAGGCUUCCUUUCGGAAGUUCACGUUCACUGAAGCAGCAGAUCGAGACUCUCGUUACGCGGAACCGAGUUCUUCAAGGUCGGUCUCUGUGUUUCGUGUUAGAAGAUACGAUUGUGAAGAAGCGCUGGAUUAAAGCCUUUGAACUGACACGUGACACGGGAACUCUCAGGAGGGCGGUCAUGUCCAAGCCGAAGAAAUCAGAGGAAGAAGCACAAUGUCUAAUCAACGGCAGACUGCGAUAUAUCCGCUACCAUUACUUCACAAUCACCGGAAUCAGCAAGGGUAGAAUUGUCUGCAACGCAUCGCCAACAGGAGCUACACAGUUACACAACCUCAACGCAAAAUGUCUCUCUCAUAUUGCCAGCUAUUUGAGAAUAACUGAUGUCAUGUGAUCCGUUCGUACGAUCGAAGUCAACCUCCAAACGGGGUGAUUUUGCCGUGAUGUGACAUUGAUGCGAGGUUCUUUGUUUGUCCUUUUCUCUCUCUCUCUCUCUUUUUCCCUACAAACCUGAGCGAAGCUUAGGUUAAAACUGAACCAAUACAUGUUGGAAAACCAUAGAUGAAAUAAGGGUUAGCAGGCAAGCGAGCUGGUGAAGGUUCGACGAUGGUGACAUACCUUCAGCUUGAGGGAACGAGAAGACACACGAAG